AUUUUGAAGUUUUCUUUGAGAUAACGUUUAAGGCUUACAUCAGCUCAUCAGCUCACAGCCAUAUAUCAUAUAUCAUUGAUCAGGCUACUGCAUCGGUCACCGUAUAACUACAUCACAUAAUAAUUAUUUCUGAUGCAACACACUUCAAUCAUCAAUAAUUCUCUCGCGGCUCAAGCUGAGCUUUAGGUUUGGAAUUCCUUCAGAUUAAUAGCCCACGAUUAGACUUGCUGCCAUCCACCCAUUCAGGUGAUAGAACUUUCACGCUCCUCCGUUUGGAAAUGAAUAAAGUGGAUGAUGGAACGAUGCGCACCAAUAAUCUGGAGAACGCUUCGGGGCACAGCGGGGAUAUGGCGGGGUCCUUCCUCGUGUACCUAGGUAUCGUCUGAAAUUGUACUAGGUAUGUACCGUAUGUGACAGUGAACGAAUGAAUGUUAUGAUCUCGUGCCCCUCCAUGAAUUGAUCUUGUUGGCUCGUAAUUCUGCUUUUCUAUUCCAAUUCCUUCCUGCUUCUAUCCUGUCCGAGCAUUCCUCUUCAUCUUGCAGAUCUACUUCCUACACAUUUGCAGAUUCCCAAGCUUGCAAAUCCGCAGCGGUUCAUAUCGACAGCUUCCUGCCUGCACACCUCCUACCUCCCAAUAACCUUCUUUUACAAUGGCUGGUAUUGUACCUGUCGCAAAGUCUCUCAAAGACAUCUACACAGAAGAUGCCUUGGCUGCGCAAGCCGUUAGGUGGGAUAAUCUUCUAAAGCAAUUCAAGAGCAACUAUGGACACGAUGCGCAGUUUGUUUCACGAUCCCCGGGUCGUGUCAACAUUAUCGGGGAGCAUAUCGAUUACUCUUUAUACUCUGUCCUACCUAUGGCAAUAACUGCAGAUGCCUUACUUGCAGUUUCCACCCAGACCGACGAAUCCGACUCGACUAGUACAACAUUCAAGGUGCGAGUCUCGAAUGUGCAAGCGGAUAAAUUUCCUGCACAUGAAUUCGAUAUACCAUUCGAUGCGGUGGAGAUUGAUUCCAAGGUACACGAGUGGACAAAUUACUUGAAGUCGGGACUUCGGGGAGCUUUGGAGAUCUUAAGAAAGAAACACGGAGACGGUUUCAGACCCAAGAGUAUGGAAGUCUUGAUGGAUGGAACUGUACCUGCAGGAGGUGGAUUGAGUAGUUCCGCUGCUUUCACUACAGCUUCUGCCCUUGCAGUCAUGUUUGCAAAUGGAGAGCAAUCGGUUGAUAAGACCCAGCUUACGGAACUGGCAAUUGUUAGUGAAAGAGCAGUAGGAGUCAACUCGGGUGGAAUGGAUCAAUCCGCUUCGGUUUUCUCUAUUCGUGGCUCCGCAUUAUACGUUUCCUUUAAUCCAACAUUGACAGCAAAACCAGUUCAUUUCCCAAAAACAAACCCCGAGCUUACAUUCGUUAUCGCACAAUCUUUUGUCGCGGCAGACAAGCAUGUCACUGGCCCAGUAUGCUACAAUUUGAGAGUUGUAGAAUGCAGUCUUGCGGCAGCCUAUCUUCACGCAGCUAUCAACAAAUCUAAAGACCCUCUUCCUGCCGACUCCGGACCACUCGGGGUCUCGCUCUACGGAUUCCAUAGCAAAUAUUUUGGUGAUUCCACCGCACCUCUCGAAGAGCAACUUUCCGAGCUCAUUGAAAUCACGAAGAAGACAUUCACAAAAGAAGAGGGGUACACCAGGGAAGAAAUCGCUUCUGUCAUAAAUAUGACUGUUUCCGAGUUGAACGAGCGCUUCACCUCUACCUUCCCCGUCCGCGCCGAGCAUUUCAAACUUCGACAAAGAACCCUCCACGUUUUCACUGAAGCUCUCCGAGUCUUAAAGUUCAUGAAAGUCCUCGAACAUCCCGAAUCUUAUCUUCAAGCUGACGGUGGUGAUUCCACUGAAACUUUCAACAGAAAACUUGGCGACCUAAUGAACGAAACCCAAACCAGUUGCAGAGAAGACUUUGACUGUAGCUGUCCUGAGUUAGACGAACUCUGUGAAAUAGCAAAGAAAGCUGGAAGCUAUGGAAGUAGAUUGACUGGUGCGGGAUGGGGUGGUUGCUGUGUACAUUUGGUACCGGCGGAUAAGGUUGAUGCUGUUAGAGAGGCUUGGGAUAGAGAAUAUUAUUCAAAGAAGGAUUUGACCAAAGAGCAAAGGGAGGCGGCGGUCGUGGUUAGCAAACCUGGUAGCGGAAGUGCAGUUUUUGUUGUUGAAGGUGGAAAAGUUGCUUAGAUACUGCUUGAUAUUAAUAAUAGAAAACCUUGCGGUACCAAUACCCAAUAUAGAAUGCACUUCCAUUUUUUUAUAUAGAAUUUACAGUAGAUUUUAUUGCCAAUA